ACUGAGGCAGCGCGCGUGCCCAGUCGCUCUCAAUGAUGUCACUAGCAGCCGCCGUAGAGGAAUCCCGUGCGCCUGGUAGGAAAUGACGUUCUAGAGGGGCACGUAAACUGUAGUAUGGAGCAUGCGCAGUUGCUGCUGUGAGAUUAAGCGAGCUUGCGCGUGGUGUCCCUUGCCAGAGACUUGGUACAUGCGCAGUUUGCAUCGUACUGGGGCUCCACACGGUGAGAGAAGUGCGCGCUGGGAAGCACCGUCUCCUGCAAUGGACGAGCAGGUGCCAGUUCUGUGUGAGCAGCUGGUCCGGGCAGUGACUGUCAUGAUGGAACCCGAGUCCAGUCAGGAAUAUCGUCUGGAAGCGCUCAAGUUCUGUGAGGAGUUCAAGGAGAAAAGCCCACUGUGUGUUCCCUGUGGCCUGCAGCUGUCCAACAAGAGCCAGUCCCCAUUCAUCAGACACUUCGGCCUGCACAUCUUGGAGCAUGUUAUAAAGUUUCGGUGGAAUGACAUGGCUCCAGAGAACAAGGUUUGUCUGAAGGACAGUGUGAUGGAUCUCAUUUCUCAUGGUAUUCGAACCAUCCUGGAGGAGGAAAGCCACAUUAAGGAUAUGAUGGCUCGCAUCGUUGUGGAGAUGAUCAAGAGAGAGUGGCCCCAGCAUUGGCCAGACAUGCUGAAUGAACUAGAUUCCCUCACCAGAGUUGGGGAGGCCCAGACGGAACUGGUGAUGUUUAUACUUUUGCGAUUGGCUGAAGACGUUGUAACGUUCCAGAACCUGCCACCGCAACGCAGGAGAGACAUCUUGACGACUAUGACCCAGAACAUGAAUGUACUAUUUGCGUUCAUGUUAAACAUCCUGCAGCAGAGUGUACAGCAGUACCAGCACCUGAAAACGGACCCCACAAACAGCGAGAAGGCACAGGGCAUGUGCCGCGUGGCAGUAGCUGCUCUCAAUACAUUGGCCGGAUACAUUGACUGGGUCACUAUAAGCCACAUAAUGGCAGACAACUGCAAGCUUCUUGGUAUGCUGUGUGUACUAUUAAGUGAGCCCGAGCUACAGCUGGAGGCAGCCGAGUGUCUGCUCAUUGCAGUCAGCAGGAAGGGAAAGAUGGAGGAUCGGAUUCCACUCCUCAUCUUAUUUGGGGAUGAAGCCAUAGAAUAUAUUUUAUCUGUAGCACAAAUGGCAGAUACUGAGACUUUGGAAGAGAAACGCUACAUUUUGCUAAAGAGGAUUUGUCAGCUCAUUUGUACUCUGGGCACCCAGAUCUGUGCUCUGACUCAGAACCCUGACCUCAAAGUGAAUGUCCCUGGGAACUUUAACAAAUAUCUUGAAACUCUUCUGAGCUUUACCCAACACCCAAGUCAGUUUCUCACAUCUUCUACAAUGUUAACUUGGGGGACUCUCUUCAGACACGAAGUGUUGUCUCGUGAUCCUCAUCUUAUAGCAGCCGUUCCUGAUUUCCUACGAGCAUCUAUGGUCAGCAUUGUGAGGGUGGGGUUCCCUUCCAAAGAUAACAGUCCCAGCUGCAAGUACUCCAAAUUGGACUUCGAAAGUGAUGAAGAAUUUAACAACUUUUUCAACUCAUUCCGAGCCCUGUUGGGUGGUGUGGUAAGAGCCGCGUGCUACCUGGAUCCAAAAACAGGAUUCCGUAUAGCUAAAGAGUGGCUGAGCUACCAACUGUCUGCUCCACUGGAUCCUGGACCACAUAAUUCAGCUAAGCCUGGAGAAACUCCGUGCAGCAUGCUGUCUACUUCCUUCUUGCAGUGGGAAGCCAUGACCUUCUUCUGUGAGUGUGUCAUCAGCCAGUACUUCCGAGUUGUGCCCAAAGAGGAGCUUCCAGUAACAGAGGGUAUGGGUCUUCUUCAGCAAGUCCUAAAUUAUGAGACCAUGGAUCCACUCAUUCUGUCCUUUGUCCUCACCAAUCUAUCCUCCCUUAUCCCCUUCAUCAGCUAUAUGAGCUCCUACAUGCCUCCCGUGCUGUCCAAGCUUCUGGAUGCAAUUUCAUUUCAACUUCCUGGGGACACUAAGGUGUCUAAGUCCCGUGGAGUGAUGAAUGUCCGCCGACAUGCCAACUCCUCCCUAAUCAAGGUCUGCAGGGAUUACCCAGAGCUAGUAUUGCCUCACUUUGAGCAAUUGCAUGCCCGCAUCAAAGCUAUGUUGGGGGAGGAGCAGCUUCUCACACAGAUGGGGAAAUGUGCCUUGAUGGAGGCUCUUAUUUUGGUCAGCAACCAAUUCAAAAACUACGACAAGCAGCGAGCCUUUCUGGAGGAAUUGGUGAGUCCACUGGUUUCCAUGUGGAUCUCAGAGGAAACACAGAGAGCAUUUUCUGGUCCCAAUGAGUUUAUUUCCUUUGUGGGAGCUGAUAUACUGGCAAGUCAGCAGGAAGAGGAAGAUCGAGGUGGACCCAAUCGCUCCCAGCUCGGUCUUUGCACUUUCACAUUGUUAGCAAUGGUGAAACGAUCGCAGUGGCCAACUGAUCUUGAGGAAGCCAAAGCUGGGGGAUUCCUUAUCGGCUAUAACCCAAGUGGUGCGCCUUUGUUCCGCAACCCAUGUGCUGGGAUACUGCUUAAAGUCUUGGACAGUCUGCUAGCACUAAUCAGGACAAUGAACAGCCUUUACCUACCAGAAGUCAUGAGUAAAAUGGGUGAUACUUUUUGCAAGUCCUUAAAUAUGCUGGAAAUGGAUAAGAAAAUCCUCACGGGCUCCAGCCAACCAACCAUAGAAGACUAUGAUUUUCCUGUUAAGACCAUUUUGAGCAGGAUACAGGUCUUCUUUGCCUCGCUCUUUGAUAGCUGCCACCAUAUUCUGGGAAACUGUGGGCCCUCCAUACCACAUGAAUUCUACUCCAUUCCUAACAUGACCUCUCAUCUGCUCAGCUCUGUGUUCACCAACCUGGACAAUGUACCGGAUUACAGGCUACGAAUAAUACUGCGUGUCUUUGUGAAGCCAUUCAUCAUUUCCUGUCCUCCAGAGAAGUACGAAAGCCUGGUCUGUCCAAUCCUAGGACCUCUUCUUGUUUAUCUUCACCAGAGACUGUCCCGUAAGUGGCUGUCUAUCAACCAGAGAACUACAGUGAGUGAGGAGGACUACACAGAGGAAGACAGUGAGUCCCAAGAGGUACUUGAGGAGCAACUAGCAAGGGUGCUGACCCGGGAAGUGGUGGAUUUGAUUGGUUCUUGUUGUAUAGCCAGAAAAGGCGUGGAUUUUUGUGCAUCCACUGCAGAUGUUGGACACAGUGCUGGACAGGCAGAUGGGGAUGAUGAAGAAAUGAUGGCAACUGAGGCUGUUGUACCUGGAACCAUUGAACUCACAGAACUGGGACAAUUUCUGGUUGGCAAUGAGGAGAUUUCCACUGCAUUGCUGGUUAUUUCCUACAGCCCAUUGGUGUGGAAGGACACAAUUGCCUGUCAGAGGGCAGCUUCUCAGCUGUGCUGGCCCCUGCUUAAACAGGUGAUGUCCACAUCCCUGCCUGCUGAUGCUGCUCUCUGUUUAUUUUCCAAUAUACUGUGUGGGCUGCAGGCUCAUGGUCAGCAUGAAAGUUGUAAAUUUCCCUUGCUCCAGCUGGCAUUCCAGACAUAUGAGGCUCUGCGCCCACAGUAUCAAGAGCUGCGUGGGCUGAUGGAGCAAGUACCCGAUAUCCAACGGGAUUCCUUGGAGCAGUUCGACACAAAGCUUUUGUCACCUCAGCUGAAGGCUAGCGAGAAAAAGCGAAGGGAACAGUUUAGAAAGCUCAUUGCUGGGUGCAUCGGGAAACCACUGGGUGAGCAGUUCCGGAAGGAGGUUCAUAUACGGAACUUGCCCGCUCUUUUAAAGAAAAAAACCAGGCCAGCUUUGGAUAGCGAAUCUGUGCUGAGCAGUUGUGAUGGGUCCCUGAUGGCUCUGUUCCAACCCUGACAUUAUGCACCAGAAAUUUGGCCUCUGCCACAUUCCUCUGUGUCCAGUUAAUGACAUCACUACAGACGGGAGCAGAACUUGGAUGUUUUCUGCUACUUGUACUCACCCUGCCCCUCCCCCGCCCAUGGGGGUCACAUACCUUUAUAAGCAUAAGUAUUAAAACACUGCACCAUGUGAGGUUAACUGUGCCCACUUGACUGUUCCGUAGCUCUUUUUUUUUUACCACCUGUGCUCCAGUAUAGUGCUCUCUGCUGGAGCAAGCUCAUCAUUUGUCCUGUUAACUAGUGACAUUGUUUGAUUUGCUGCUUUUGGGUAGGAGAGUGGGUUUGCACUGUUGAAUGUUCCAAAUAACUUCAUUUUGGACCUGGAUAGUCGAUAAGUGGGUGGUGGAACUAAGCAGCACUUAAUGGUACAGUGUGGCGUUGUUUGCUGAUAAUGAGGCUGACGGUUCUCCCAAGGAUCAACAAGUGCCUACGUUAUGCUGAGAACAUUCCUGGGACAUCAAGCUGUGCAAAGAAAAAGCUAAAUACUCUCUUUGGUUACAAACAUCAAUGGAACUGAGAUCAGUAAUGGCACAUCACUGAUUGCUCUUACUCUUGCAGAGAAUUAGACUUGUUUGUCUUCGUAAGGACGUUCUAAGUGAUGCUUUGCUAGAACUGGAACAUGAAGUGGGCCCAACACCUUUCCCUUUAUGGUGGAAGUUGGACUCUGACCGGUAACUCCACUCCGGUAGGCGAGGCUUGUGCUACCAUACAGGAUGUCCUACUUUUACCGUUCCUUUACGUUAAAGGUAAAUUAAACUCAAAACAAAUUGUGUUAAUUUAUUAUCUUUGUACUGGGGCACCAUUUGUUGUUUUACUGUGUUACGGACUGGACAAUGUUUUUUAAUUUUAUUUUUUCCCGGCUUGAGCCACUGCUGCAAGGAGCUGUUAUGUUAAAGACAGUCAUACUUGUUGGCUGUAGCUGGGACUUUGUAGAUCCAGCAGAAGACCCAGGUAACGAGUCGAGCUUCAAGUCAUCUGUCGCCCUGCAGUGUACAAAAUAAAGGUAUUGGCCCUUUUA